CUGCAGCCCGGGACCCCACACCGUCCUCAACCAACACACAGCGAAGCAACCCGCUCGACAAGGCGCGCAAGCCUCGCUGACGCCGGAGACGACCUUUGCAGGGCGCCCACCAUGUCGAACUACCUCAACAACCUCCUCACGACUACCACGUCCAAGUACAACACGCUGCGGCGGACCCUCCUCUCAGACGAAGCCGACGGCGACACCGAAGACGACUCGCACAUCGCCCGCGCGCUGCGCGCAUACUACACAGAGAAAGGACGGCCAUUCCCGCAAUGGCUGCCGCCCGACCCCAAGGCACCGCAGGCCGCGCCGGUGCAGAUGGUGUCGUCAGCAGGGCGAGGGUACGGCCAGAUGGGACAGCAGCAGCCCAUGACGGGCCGUGGCGGGGGGCUUGGUGAUCUAUGGGACUCGCCGUCGCAGGCUGCACCGCAACAGCAAGAGCCCAUGUCGCUGCGCCGGGCGCAAGGCCGAGGAGGAGGCGGUCUGAGGGCGCACAACUCGCUAUCGCCAGAGCCCCAGAUGCAGGGCAGACCGCUGCCCAGCCAGCGCGCCGGCAGCCAGCAGAGCGCCUCGUCCUUCCGCAACGAGCUGGCACCUCAGACGACGGGCGGCUCUGCAACAUCGGCACAAGACAGGCUAAAGGCACGCCUGUGGGGGUCGGGCAAGUCGCAGAACCCAUCGUCUUCGCAGAACCCAAGCCCCACAACCUCGCCAGCGCCUUCAGGUGGCAUGCGCAGUCAGUAUGACCGACCGCAGGCGGGUGGAGGGCGCGCGCCCUAUCCCGACGAUCGUGGCAGCACUGGUGGAUACUCGGGAGGAGGGAGGCCGCAGAACUACAACAUGUCGGCCAACUCGCCGUGGUCUGGCGGCAACGACGACCCCUAUGGGCCCUCAUACAACAGUGCGCCGCCGCAGCAGCCCGAGAGGAGACGCAUGGGCCUGCCAAAUGGGCCGCGCAUGCGUUGAGCGUGUUCUUGUUACUUAGCAUCGGCGCAUCUGGGUUCCCUUGGGCGCAUGGGCUGGCGGGGGCACUGCUUCACGGGCCUGCGGCAGUACGCGAAAUGGCUGCAUAUAGAGGUGUAUUGGAGUUUUGGGUGUAUAAUUGAACAGUAGCGUCCAGAGGGUUAAAUCAAUCACAC